UGUACAUGUAAAUAAAGGAUAUCACAAAUUGUAAAAGCAGACAUAUAUUCUAAAUACUGCAUUUACAUGGUGUUUUAUUGCACUGGCUGACAAGUUGGGGACAUAUAUCUUAUAUAACAGGAACUGGUCGGCUCAUUUUACAUGACUGUACUCUAAUUAACAUACUGUGUUAAACUGUCAUACGUAUGCUAAUUAAGACAUCUAUUUCGGUUCAACAUUGAAUCAUAAAUUAUGUGCAUUUCAAAAAGGACGAAACUUUGAAAGGGAUUAUAAAAAAUCAUGGACGAGGACGAAAGCGAUUUACCUACAAUGAAAAAAGGGAAAAAAGUUUUACUUGCAAUAGACGGAAGCAAGUAUUCAGUCGAGGCUUUUGAAUGGUAUGUGGAACAAUUACACAAAGAACCUGAUACAGUUGUUAUUGCUUACAGCGCGGAUCAUCAACAUUACUUAACCAAACCAUCCAAGGCAGAGGAUGACUCCGCCCUAGAAAGUCCUGAGUAUCAAACAAGGAAGGUUUUCAGAUCUAUUGAUGAAAUUGCAAACAGACAUAGAGUAAAACACAUGUUACAACUUCUUUACGAACCACUCGGCGAAUCAGUGUUGAAAUCAGCCAAACAACAAAAUGUUGACCUGAUCAUCGUCGGCGGUCGCAAACAUGGCAAAUCUGAUAUGGGCUCUACAACCAACUUUGUCGCUUUCGAGUCGGAUAUACCAGUGCUAAUUUAUAAAUACAUUGACAGCUCAGUCCCUGAUGGCAGCAAUUCCAAAUAUACAAAAAGACAAAGAUCGGAAAGUCUUAGUGACAAGAUGAAAGCAAUUUUGAAAUUUAAUUGAAAUGACAAAACCAUUAAUGUUUUUUCUUAAGAAUUGCUUUCAUAGAAUUUGAUGUUUCUUUUAAACUAAGGUUUUUAUUUUAUGGGACUGGUAAGAAACUAACCAUUUGUUGAAGAGCAAAUACGAAAUUAUUGUAGAACACUUGUUUAAUAGAAUAGCGUGUGAUAACAAGUUAAAACUCAACCUCAGAUAAGUUUGUUUAAGAAUGUACGCAUUCUAAAGAAGCGUCUGCAAGGAACAGUAUCCCAGCGAUCAUCAUGGAAUUUGAAGAAUGUAUUUGAAGUCUCUUCUAUAUAAGUUCAUUUUUCGAACAUUUCUAUGUUGAAAAUAUAAGUGAAUUCAUAGGGGGCGUGUGUAUGUUGCACUUUUUCAUUAUCCCUCAUGUACAGACGCAAUCAAACAGAGGCUACAAUUUUCAUGUAAUUUUGUUGUGAUUAAUGCUUGCGAGGGAUAACAUUUUGUCCAGAUAUUAUACAGGGUGACAGAAGGAAUCCAGGAAAGUAUCUGCCUAAAUAGCAAUUUAUCAUCGUUAACUCCAACUUUGAUGUGUUUUAGUCAAUAUCAUUUAUUGACAUGUUUAAGAUAUAGAGGAUAUUCAAGGUUUUUCUAAAGAUAUUGAAUGUAUUUGCAUUGAGUGUAAUGAAAAUAAAUAUUGCAUGGGUGGCGGUAGCCACGAUUUUCAUAUUUCGUUGUUCAUGUAAAUAAUAAAUAAAUAUCUUUUAAGGUUUUACUAGUGUUAUAACAGGAUAUUGGUAGAUAUUUCUUACAUUUAGUAGCAUAAGUAGGAGGUAUGGUUUGUAUCUUUAGCUACUUUUAUUGGUCAUGUGGAAAAUUAAUGUAUCAAUUGUAUUGCGAUGUUGUUUACGUUUAAUUAGAAAAUAAAGCAUAAAGCGCUCA